AAUACUUACCGAUAGAGUUCACAGCACCGCCGGUAAGAAUGAAUUCAGCACAGGCCGAGAUCAUGACCGGUCGAUAAUAAAGAUCGCAUCAACGUCGGAGUCAUAGCGUAACUCACUCUUAAUCUGAGAUCACAACGGUUUCGAUACCUAAACUAUCAACAGACAUCAUCAAGAUUCAUUUUGAAAAUUGUUCAUCAAUGCGGAUAGCCCAAGUCGCUUCAAAAAGGUUACUUCAUCAACAUAACCUCAAAAGCUGCACGUAAGCCCCACAAAGUUUUGUUGUCAUAAUACUGUCCCAAGGCACACGUGGCUCUGAGCACUCGCAGACCGAGGUGUAUAGCAGAUAGAAAAGGGUAUCUGCAGGCGCUCAAUUACCUCAGCGAAGCAAACCCACAAUGAGCUUCAACGGGUCUAAGGAUCUCGUCGAGGAGGGUGACGUAGUGAUCUUGUAUAUUGCUCCGUCCAAUAUGCAUUCCUUGGAAGUGACUCCAAAGACAAUGAACAAGAAAGGCGUUUUGGUUGAAAAUGUAUUUCAAACUGUUUACGGAGCUCUCAAAGUUGCCUCGUUGGUUGGCGCUAAAUAUGGUGCCAAGGUGGACCUAUCAAGGGGAUGGGCCUACGUCUUACAGCCUACUUCAGAUCUCUGGACAUUGACUCUGCCUCAUAGGACUCAAAUCAUUUACACACCAGACAUCAGCAACAUAGUUUACCUGAUGGAACUCGAACCUGGAAAGACUGUGAUAGAAACAGGAACGGGAAGUGGUUCCUUGUCCCAUGCUUUGAUCAAUGCAAUAAAACCUCAUGGUCAUUUGUACACCUUUGAUUUUCACGAACAACGAGUCUCUGUAGCUGACAUGGAGUUUAAAAAGCAUGGAUUAGGAUCCUAUGUUACUGUCGAACAGAGAGAUGUUUGUCAGACAGGAUUCGGAGAUGCAUUAGAAGGCAAGGCCGAUGCUAUAUUUCUCGAUUUACCACAUCCGUGGUUGACCAUUGAACAUGCAAGGAGAUGCUUUCGAAAAUCAGGUGGCAGACUCUGCUCCUUUUCACCGUGCAUUGAACAGGUUCAAAGAACAUGUGAGAAUCUCGAGUCUGCUGGAUUUAUAGAAAUAAAAACAAUAGAGUGUCUACAACGGGAAUUAACUGUGCAGUACAAAACUCUGCCAGUAUUGAAACUAGAAUGUUUAAAGAGCAAGCAUACCGAUGAUAACAAAAACCAAAAUAAUGGCAAAGAGGUGGGAGGACAGGAGAGAUUAGUAACGGUUUCGCACGCGCAUUCGCUGCCAGGACACACCGGAUACAUUACAAUUGCUACACUACCGCCAAUCGGAAGAAUGAAUUGUUAGUUAAUCCACAAUAAAUAUUUUCUUUUGAUAAUAACACCGACCAUAAUUGUUCAAUUUUUCAAUUGCUGCUUUUUCUUCUACUCCAAAGAUUUCAUCAGUAAGAUAUUCACUGUUCAACAGCUAAGAACUACGUUUAUAUCAGUUUUGUACGCAUGGACGUAACAGUAAAAUUUUCUAACUAA